GAUAAUAAUAAUAUACCAAUUUAUUAAACCAACUGCGAACUUCCAUCAUUCAGUGCGCUUCCUGAAUUGUAUUUUUUUUUAGAAACAUUUUUUAUAAAAGUUGAAUUUUAGAUUUAGACGUUUUGAUGGCAAUUGUGCUGUCAUGUUUCAAAAGAUGCUUCGAUGGCAUCAAGUACACAGAACAUACAUCCUUUCCUCUAAUCAACCCUAUAUGUUUGGAUACCAGCCGAAUGGGUAAUGAAGUAGUAAUCGUGAAAAAUGGUACUAGGAUAUGCGGUAGUGGUGGUGUUUUGUGUACUGCACCAAUAGUGCAAAAUAAAUGUUACUUUGAAGUAAAAGUACAACAAUCUGGAAUCUGGGGAGUAGGUUUAGCUCUGAAUGAUGUAGAUCUGUGUAAAGCGCCAGGUGGUCACGAUCAAUACUCGUGGGUGUUAUGCAAUGAUGGAGCACAACGACAUAACCAGCAAGUAUUAAAAGCUAUAGAUAAUACCAUUGAAGAAGGUGAUAUUAUUGGUAUUUAUUAUGAUCAUGUUGAAUUAAACUAUUCAAUUAAUGGCCAACCAGUAAAUGAACCAAUUACAGGAAUAAGAGGAACUGUAUUCCCAGCUUUAUUUGUGGAUGAUGGUGCAAUAUUAGAUAUUGUGUUGGAAAGAUUUUCGUAUCCGCCAUCUAAUGGUUAUGAUAAAAUUAUGUUAGAACAAUCUAUACUUUAACUGUAUACUGCUUAAAAACUAAAAGGAACAAAAAAGUAACAGAUUAAUCAUUCCAUUAUUAAUAAAUUAUAAUUUUAUAUUUUUCCUAUAAAUUGUUUUAUUUUUAUGAAUGUUUAUGUA